ACACGUCAACUCGGAAAAGACCUUCAACCGACAAAUGGUUGGGCGUAUAUUGGUGGAAUUGUUUCGCGGAGCGGUCAAUAACAAAAUAACGUUAAUUGUCGAAGAAGUCAUGCAACUUGUGCAACUUGUUAUCAACGAUAAUGAUGCUUUGGUACGAUCAGACCUGGUGGAGCAAAUUCCGAAUGUGGCGAUUAUCUGCCACGAAGCACCGCAUCUCUUCGGCGAUGUUCUCCGCAAUCAUCUACUGGAUAUCGUGAUGAAAUACCUGAAAGAUCAGGACAAUCAGGUACGACAAAUGGCCCGAAUCGCACUGACAAUGUUGAUGAAACGAGGCCUCUUUGACAACGACACAAUCGAGAACGUUAUUUGUCCUACAAUAGAAAAACUUUCCUACAUGUGGCAAUUAGGAUCCCGCGAUAUGGCCGACGAACAUGACCGAAAUGCGAACAUCUCCCUCAUGUGUAGAUUGGCACCGCUGAUUGGUAGCGAACUUACAGAAAAGGUCUUUCUGCCACGAUACUUAGACCUAUGUGAGGAUAAAGAUAUGAUGGUGAGAAGAAUCUGCGCUACUCACUUUGGGGAAAUGUGCACUGCUGUGGGAAAGGAGAAACUGUACAGCAAAUUGAUUCCUAUGUUUAUUGAUCUAUGCGGUGACAGAAUAUGGAAUGUGAGAAAAGCGUGUGUCGACGUCAUGAUGCCGGUCUCUUGUUGUUUAACGCCUGAGCAUCGGCGAUUGUUACUUGCGGAUAUACUAGUUAAGCACUUAAACGAUGACUCCAAAUGGGUACAAAUAUCGGCUUUUCAGAUACUCGGACCGUUUAUAUCAACUUUCGCCGAGCAGUUCGUCGAAGUUACUUACAAUAAGGAUGGUGAAUUAAUGUAUAUCAGUAAGCAAGAUAAUCAUCCCAGUAUAUGUUACUCAUACGAAGGAAUCUUUCCUAUGAAGAGCGUGCUCAAAAAUCAAUUAGAUAUGGAGCAAGAUAUGCUAGCGAAUACCAAAUACAGAUAUAAUACUAAAAGUCCAUUUUAUCUGCCUGUGAUGAAUGUGAAACAUGAGGACGUUAAAGUAUCCGAAGAAGAUGAUUCCGUGAAAGAAGAUGAUGAUUACCAAAACACAGAACUUGACCACCCAAAAUCUUGGUGUGAAAAAGUUCUUCAAAAUGAAAAGAGAGAAACGCGUGAAGCGGAGAAAUACAAUCCAUUUUUAUAUUAUUAUAUACCUCCAGAUAUACCGCUAGAUGAUGAACUUACUCAUGCCGCAAGGCAAUCAGCGAUGAAUCGUAAUAAUGUCCCAAAGGCAGCAGAAACUGAACAAAAUCCCAUCGAAGAAAAUAGUUCGUCUUGCUCUUCCGAAAGUCCAAUUCUUGUUUUAAAUUCGAAUAAAGAUGAUUCAAAUAUAAACGAGCAAUUAAACGAUGAUUCAGAUGUAAACAUUUAUAAAAUGGUCAAAUUUUCUUCCGAAAAUGAUUCAAAUAUAAACGAACAAUCAAACGAUGAUGAUUCAAAUAUAAAUGAGCAAUCAAACGAUGAUGAUUCAAAUGUAAACGUCUCUGAAAUGAUCAAAUUCUUCAAUAAACAAAAAGAAAAGCAAGAUGACGAUAAACAAACCGAAAAGCAAGAUGACCAUUUUCCAAAUAUAGUGUUUGAUUCCGAUUUGAUGGACUCGUCGGAAAAGUGCUCCCGUCGAUGUCGAAGAUCUUUUCUAAAAACUCCACGAGAAAGGUUAGAGGAGUCUGUCCUCUUACUGUCCUCUUACCUCCCUGUUCCAGAGAAAAAAUUUUAUAUAUAUGACGAAGACUCCAUGGGCAAGAGCGAUGAAUCUUGUAAAAAUUUAAAUACGAAAUAUAAUAAACAAGAGAUCGUACCUCAAGAAUUAAUCAAUUAUUAUGUAUCAAUGGCAGAUCCGAUUCAAUGCGUGUACAUGAAUGCCGAGAUUCCACAUUAUUGUGCCUUUAGCUUUCCUGCAGUCGUGCUCACACUGGGCAAAGAGAACUGGCAUUACUUGAAGAAGGCUUACCAGUCGUUAUCGAGCGCGAAACACUGGAGAGUCAGACGUACUCUAGCAUCUAGCAUUCACGAGAUUGCCAUGAUUUUAGGCGAAGAACUCACUGCUUCUGACCUCGUGCCAAUUUACGACGGUUUUAUUAAAGAUCUAGACGAAGUCAGAAUAGGUGUGCUCAAGCACUUUGCGACUUUUCUGAAAAUACUCAAACCCGUCGAUCGCUGUCAAUAUCUAUCAAGACUGAGCGAUUUUCUUGCCACAGAUAACGAAUGGAACUGGAGGUUUAGGGAGGAACUGGCUACACAAUUGCUCGAAAUUGUAAGUCUAUUCAGUCCGAGUGAUGUGGCCCAGAGUAUCGCACCAUUGUCUUUCCAAUUGCUUGUAGAUAAGGUUGCUGCUGUUAGAACCAUCGCGCUUGAAGUGAUCACACGAAUAAUGUGCUACUUAUCCAACGAGAAUGCUUUGGUAACGUCUCUUAUUCAUGAACUUCGAGGGACUUUAGUUUUAGACGCUAAAAAGUGGAUACAUCGGCAAACUUAUGCACUUGUAUGUGCCCACCUGAUUCGCAACAACGCGAUUCCGGACGAGAAGUUUUCUAAGGAAAUGUUACCAUGUUUGAUCAGUUUAUCGCAUGAUAGAGUACCUAAUGUAAGAUUAGCCGUUGCGAGAACUAUAGCAACAGACGUGAUUACGAUGGGUGUAGAUAAUUUGGGCAUAGACGCAAUGGAAGAAGUGGAAAGAACACUUACGAAAAUGCGCGUUGAUGUGGACCGAGAUGUACGAGUGUUAGCUGGAGGUGAUGAGCAGCAAAUAGACAUACUAGCUUAUUGUUCCUCUGACGAGAAUAACCAAGUUGAACAAGCAAGAAAUAUACUAUUUUAAUAGUGAUGUAUUCUGAUCUCAUGGAUCACGAAAUCACUGUGGUUUUAUAUACGAGGAUUAUAUAAGAGGAAAAUGAACUUCUCAUAUAUACAAUACGAUAUCACAAGAUGCGCCUUGGUUCUUCUUCCACACAAAUGACUUCUUAUAAAUGAUAAGUCAAAAGUGUGCAACUAGCUGUGAACAUCAAACUUUGACUGCAAUUUGACAUACAUAUAUCAGAUCAAAUAAUUGCAAUUGCAGAUUAAAGUUCUAUAUUAUCAGACAAGCACAAAUUUCGUUUGCUGAUUGAUUGAUAGCGGCCAAUCAAAACCGAAAAUCAAGUUAUUUACGGAUAUGGUACUUGAUCCGCGUAUCAAGUGCUUGGUGUAAACUAAGGCCCGUAUUCAGAAUGCGCUUACAACAAUGUUUUAACGUACUCUUAAUAUGCUAUAGUUUACAUUAUAAUAGAAUUUUAUUAUAAUGUAGCAUAUUAUAGAAUUUUAGAGAUAAAAGCGCGCUUUUAUCAAUAAAAACGCGUUCUAAAUACAAACCUAAACCAUAGAAGAAUUAACACAA